AGCACGUUUGCUCAGUCUGCAGUUAUCAACGGAGCGGUGAAGACACUAGCUACGAGGAGUGCAUUGUAGGAAAUUGAGGUCGUUUCUCUCUUUGGUUGUUGUUUUGCUUAAAUUGACGAUGAUGAUUCGAACUGGGGUGAAAGUACUGCAGCAAAGUGGCUCUGGAGUAGUGCAGAUCUCAAGAUGUCUCUCGGCGACACCGAAGCGCUUCAACAGCACGGCGGACGCUCCCAACCUGUCCUUUAUGGCGAAUCUGUUCCGGGGAGAGAUCCAACCGGUGCAGGUGUUCCCGUACCCGGAGGCCGCCGACGCCGAGCAGAAAGAGUUCAUCCGAUCGCUCAGGGAGCCCGUCGAUCGGUUCUUUGCAGAAUAUGAUCCCGUUGAAAGCGAGAAGCUCGGAAAGCCUUCGGACGCCGUUAUGGAAGCCAUGUGGGACAUGGGCUGUUUUGGGUUGAUGGCCCCGGAGGAGUACGGUGGACUGAACCUGUCCAACACCGGGUACGCGACGAUGGGAGACGCCGUUGGCGGAGUUGAUUUGGGACUGGCCGUGGUACUCGGAGCGCACCAGAGCAUCGGUUGGAAGGGCAUUCUGCUGUACGGAACCGACGAGCAAAAGAAGAAGUACCUGCCGAUGGUGACCACCGGUAAGACUAUAGCUGCGUUUGCCCUGACGGAACCGAGUUCGGGCUCGGAUGCGGGGUCGAUCAGGACGAGGGCGGUCAAAAGUGCCUGCGGGAAGUUCUACACCAUGAACGGGUCGAAGAUUUGGAUUUCCGGCGGAGGAAUUUCGGAUAUUCUGACCGUCUUUGCCCAGACUGAGGUUGACGAUCCCAAGACGGGCAAGAAGCGGGACAAGGUGACCGCGUUCAUUGUGGAGCGUAGUUUCGGCGGAGUGACCAGUGGACCAGCGGAGGAGAAAAUGGGCAUUCGUUGUUCAAACACGACCGAGGUGUUCUUUGACGAUGUGAAGAUCCCGGUAGAGAACGUGCUCGGAGGAGAAGGUAACGGCUUCAAGGUGGCCAUGAACAUCCUGAACAACGGACGGUUCGGAAUGGCCGGGACGUUGGCCGGUACGAUGCGGAUUUGCAUUGCCAAAGCGACAGAACACGCCAACAACCGGGUCCAGUUCGGGAAGAAGAUCAAAGAGUUUGGCAACGUUCAGGAGAAGCUGGCUCGGAUGGCCAUGCUGCAGUACGUGACGCAAUCCAUGGGCUUCAUGGUGGCCGGGAACAUGGACAACGGUGCCAAGGACUACCAUCUUGAGGCGGCCAUUUCGAAGAUCUUUGCCUCGGAAGCGGCUUGGCAAGUGUGCGACGAAGCCAUCCAGAUCCUCGGAGGAAACGGCUUCAUGACGGCCAGCGGACUGGAGAAAAUCCUCCGUGACAUUCGAAUCUACCGAAUCUUCGAAGGAGCCAACGACAUUCUGCGGCUGUUCGUAGCCCUCACCGGAAUCCAGUACGCCGGCUCUCAUCUCAAAGAACUCCAGCUAGCGUUCAAGAACCCCACCGCAAACCUCGGCCUCAUCUUCAAGGAAGGCUCCCGACGAGCUGCACGAACCAUCGGCAUCGGCGGAGCUGACCUCAGCCAGUACGUGGCACCCCAGCUGAAGGAGUCCGCCCAGUUUUGCGCGGAAAGCAUCGACAUGUUCUCGGUUGCGGUGGAAUCGCUACUCAUCAAGUACGGCAAGCGCAUCGUGGACGAGCAGUUUUUGCUAAUCCGGUUGGCCGACUCCGCCAUCGAUAUCUACGCGAUGGCCAACGUGCUGUCCCGGGCUAGUCGGGCCGUUAACGCAGGGAUGCCCUCGGCGGAACACGAGGUGCUGAUGGCGAAGGCGUGGUGUAUUGAGGCAAACAACCGUGUCACCGGUAAUCUCAAGCGGAUUAACAAACGGCUCCACCUGGAGAACUUUAAAACGAUGUCCAGCAUUGCCAAGAAUGUGCUCGAGUCGGGAGGGGUCGUGCAGAAGCUGCCAGUCGAAUGUUGAA